UGAUGAGAAGGGUUGAAGAAAAUCACCAUGCAAGUUCACUGCAGUUAGCUAAAGAAGUAGACAGCCAAACUGGAAUGACUGUUUCCUGUGACACAAUACAGCGUACACUGCAGAGGAAUGGCAUGCAUGGGUGUCAUCCACGAAGGAAGCCUCUCCUAAAGCCCAUGCACAAAAAAGCCCACCUAGAAUUUGCCAGGGCCCAUGCUGAAAAAAAGAACACUACUGACACUCUAUACUCUGGAGUCAUGAGACCAAGAUAAAUGUUUUUGGAGCUGAAGGCUUCAAUACGUGAGGAGUACAAAGAAAAAUGCAGGGUGCCUACAGUGAAUAUGGUGGUAGCAGUGCCCUUCUGUGUGGAUGCAUGAGUGCUGCUGAUUACUGCUCUAUAUUGAAAGAGAAGAUGCUACCAUCACUCAGUACCCGUGGUCGUCGUGUACUUUUUCCAACAUGACAUAGAUUCAAAACACACAUCUAAGGCCGCUGUUGCAUUUCUAAAGAAAAACAGGGUGAAAGCGAUUCUGUGGUCAAAUAUGUCUCCUGAUCUGAAACCAAUUGAACACUUAUGGGGAAUUCUGA